AUAAAUACAGGGGGCUGCUCCUCAAAGAGACUCACAACUCUUUUUGCCACAGAAGAAAAUCAAGCUGUUCCAGCCUGGACAUGGCACCUCAUUUGGGUACGCUUUCAUCUUUUGACCAUCUUCACUUCAGUGAUAAGGACAAAAUGAAGCAGAGGAAGCCAAUUGUUGAAAAGAUGCGCAGAGACCGCAUCAACAACUGCAUUGACCAGCUCAAGAGUCUCCUGGAGAAGGAGUUCCACAGCCACGACCCCAGUGCCAAACUGGAGAAGGCUGAUAUUCUGGAAAUGACCGUCAACUUUCUCAAACAGCUGCAGCAGCAGCAGCAGCAGCAGCAGCUUCCUCAGAGGGAUCAUAAUGAAGGCUACUCUCACUGCUGGAGGGAGUCUGUCCACUUCGUUACUCUUCAUUCCACCGGAGGAGGAUCCGGCCGGGAGCUCCAGCACCUCCACAAUGCCCAGCGAGUGAGUGCUGCUAUUGGCUCCGCUCCACCGGCAUCUUCCUCUAAACUGAGCACGACUGGAUUGCAACAGCCUGACAGCAGGAGGCCCGUCUGGAGACCCUGGUAGAGAUGCUGUGAACUGUAAACCCUGAGGGACAGUUGUAGUAACGUCUCUCAUAAAAGUAGGAGAUUCAUUUCCAAAGUGUACAUUUGUGUUGUCAUCAUAUUGCUUGACAAAAACUUUAGACAAACAUGUGUUUGUCCAUAGAAAGAGGUGGAUUAAUGUGCUUCUUGUUCCGUUUUAAUAGGUCAUAAUGUGAUUUUUACCACAUAUGUGAUUACUUGAAUUAUUUUUUGUAUAUAUAUAUAUAUAUAUAGAUUUAUGCAUAUUUAAUUGAGGUUGACUCCAGUGGAGUUUUAUGUAUCAGAUCUUUAAAAUGAAAUUGUACUUAAAAGUUUUUCAGAGUAUCUUUAUGUUUCCACUGAGAAUUCUCCAUCGUUUGGUAGGUAAGGGAGGUUGUACCUUUGAUAAAGGAUCCAGUUUGUUGUCUUGACCAAUGAUGUUUUGAAUAUGAGCUCUUAUGUCAAAUAUUUUCUGUUAAUAAAAUUCUACAAAAUCAA